GUUGCUGACGGACGGACAAACUGGCUGGUAUCCUAUUUAAAAAAAAAAUGCUUCGCUCGAGUGAGUACUAUCAAUACACAACAGCAUUGUGAUGUGUCUGAAAAGACUUACAAAUAUAUUGGUUAUGUCAGAGGAGGUCCUUACUAUAAAUAAAUACGCCUUUCUGUCAGCCCUGUCGAGAAGUCUGCGUUCCUAAAACAGUCGCCUGUCCUUCCACGAACGUUAGCCAUAUUAAUGUGGCCAGGUAUACGUGCGGACUUUUGGGGCUCAAACUAAAGGAACGCACGAAUAACAACAGGCCUACUUCAUGCAUUAUUUAAUAUUAGGUUAUAUGACCUCAAAACAAAUUACCGGGAAGUCGCUAAGGUUUACCUGGAAGACAACUUGUGCUUUGAAAACUACCUGUACAUAGAGCUGGGCGGUGUUUCCAAGAGCUCUCAGUGAGUGAAGAUGAACGUGCAAGUCAUACUACAGGUAACGGUCUCAGUGUUAAGUACUAUCUGCAGGAUCACACUCAGAAACUCACCGAACUCACAGUGAUAACGAGGAAGUCAGAAUUACAAGAUUUCGUUCGAGAUAUUCAAUAACGUAACCGCUGAAAAUCACAACUUUAGGUCACUAAGCUGUUAUCAACAUUGGUUCGGUGUACAUCUACAUGGCAGGGACAGGAGCACCACGUUGUAUGAGGAUGGCAUGGGUCCUUUUACUGCUACCCUUAUGUAGAGUGUGCUCUGGAAGCGACCUCCUUCACUAUGUCGUUGCCAAUGAAACUGAGGACUUCGUUUCUUUGCCGUGCAAUGCAAGCUCUGCGUCUCUCGGCCCUCACCAGGUCACGUGGUACAGGCAGAGGAAUGAGCGAAAUUCAGUAAUCUUACAAAUAAACGUAACAGGCUUCAUGAUGAGUUCCGCGGAAUUUCAGAACAGAAUCGGUUUUGGGGAACGCUGGUCAAUGCUGCUUGCCGCUCCCUCUCUCUUUGACUCUGGAAAUUACACAUGUGAAGUUGAUGGUAACCCACCAACAAAGGCACACGUGCAGCUGAAAAUUCAAGGCCUGACUCAUAGCUCACAAGAAGUGUCGGAAGCUUCCUCAACUGUUCCCUCAGUGAUCGACGCUUUCAUCGUCAUACUGCUGGUCUGGAUAGUUCCUGUCACUUGGCUCAUUGUCUUCACCUUCCAGAGAAAUGGCUUGUGGAUCAAAUGGUUCCGCUCCCUCAAACUACCGGAAAAGGUUAAAAUCGGCUGCGCAUUCUGCGGAUUACUGUUGUCGUUUGCAAGCCUGGUGUGUUUGUCUCUCUACCUGACUAUGGGAAGGCCUGGACUCUACGCCCUCUGCGGAGCCGGCCUGUGUCUGGGCAUAGUAGGAAUCAUCUGCCUAGUGGUCCCGCUGCUACUCAUUUGUGUCUGUAACCGAUUUCAUAGGACGCGGAGGACAAAGUCUCAGCUAGAAGGAUUAGAUGACCAGGAUGGUAAUAAUCGGUUGGUCAGUGACGAACGAGAGGGAAACCAAAUGAACGACGAAUCCGGAACUCUUUUGGGGGAAAUAAGUGGGAAAAACAAACGUCGAACCCUUCCUAAGCACUCUUCCCUUCCGAAAGAUGAAUCACUUGUACAUUCUAAUAGGGGAACGCUUCCAAAAUAUGGAUCGCUUCCAAAGUCUAUAAAGGGAACCCUUCCUAAGUCUGGUGAGUGGAUUCUACCAAAAGUAAGAGGAACCCUCCCACCAGACGUCCAAGAUGAUGACGACCGCGGGGACCAGGACAGCCAAGAAGACUCCGAUGAUGACACUGUUACGUCGGAAAGCUUCAUAAUCCAGCUGGAUUGGAGUGAAACCAUCAUGGAAAAACCUUCUCUGGCGAGAAUUAACGACAUGAUCUUUGUACCUGAGAACACCUUGUACCUGUGCGAAGAUCACCGUUUAUACAGUUACACUGCUGACAGUAACCAGUUUGAUAAACUUCUGGAGAAUGUCGAAGUACACUUUUCGGCGCUGACCAGUGAUGACAAAGGAACACUUUUCAUCCUGUGCCGAAGCGAGAAAGAAGGCUGGCACAUUGCGUCUAUCGACAUAAAGGGGAAAGAGCGGAAGCAUCGCAUUCGUUUUAACCUCCCAGGAUUCCCUGCAAGGUACAACUGGCUGACAUCCGGUCAUGGCGGCUUGUAUGUAACCGAAAUAAAGGCACACCAGGUCGAAAUCUUUUCCAAAGUCGGCAAACGUGAACGUUGGUUUGGAGAGAAGAUUCUUAGAACACCGACAUGCAUUGUUCAGAAUAAUCAGUUUCAAACAUUUGUUGCGGAUUCCAAAAAUGGCGACGUUUACGUGUUUGACAAAGACAAAAAGUUUCUCUCGUCCCUUGGUGAAAGUUCUCCUCCGGAUGUCAAGAAACGUUUGCUUGGUUGCCAUAAAGUCACCAUCACCGAGGAAGGCCGUAUUUUUGUAGCCACCGCGACUUCGAAUGUCAUUUUAGUUUUUGACUCGAAUUUUGCCCCCCUGGCUUGGUUAUCUGUUGGAACCGAGUCAAGCGGACCGAUAUCCAGCAUCAUCUAUGCAAAUCAAUCUCUGUACGUAGCUCAAGAUGAUAGUAUUCAUGUGUACAGCGAAAACAAAAGGCCUGAGUAAUUGUAAUAUGGCUGAAGAUACUGGGUGACGAAUGAACACUGUUGGAGAUCAGUGACCAAUCAGAUGUCGUGUUAUAACUAUUACUUCUUAGUUGGCUUGUAGAGGCAAUUAAUUUUAUCGCAUUUAGAUGUUCGAUACAUAGCAAUUUGCGUGUUUUUAAAGGUUAAGAAAUACUAAGAAAGCGUCGUAUAAAUAGAGUGGAGAAGAUGUAUUUAACGUUCACCGUGUGGUCAUUUUGUGGUCGUCUUGUGUUCAUGCAAAGGCUUUUUACAACUUGUUUUUCUGAUGGUAGUCUUAACCAGAAGCUUCCGACAGUAAACCAUGGAUUUGUAGUGUUUUAGGUACCCAUGUACCUUAUCAUAUUUUAGCACCAUGUCGAUAUAGGAUUUCCGCAUAGCACUUUCCACCUCUGUUCCUUCUUACAGCUUAUGAUAAUUCUGAGAAAAAAACCUGUGAAUAAUUAUUGCCUAGAUGAUUAGUUUUACUAGUUAUCAGUUUCAGUUGUCAAUUAGAAUGUUUUCAAGCAGUAAUCAUCGUAAGCUAAAAUGUUUGUUUUGUAAGACUUAAGUCUGCAUAAUAUUUGAGUAAUAAAUUAAUUUCAUUUUAA